UUUUUCCUUCCUGUGAUUCCAAUAUUUACGGGGGCCAGAUAGCCGGAAAGACAACAUCCCCCAGGCCCAACAUAACCUUAUAAAAGCCCACCCCAACCCACACCGCAAAGCCAUCCAAGCUCGUCAAGUCAUAUCUUGCUCUUCUUCUUCUUCUUCUUUCGUCUUCUACUCUUGUUCUUCGUCUCCUACCACCGAGUACUGAGUUCUUCUCCACCUUCUCCAGUUCCCAUUGCUUCAAAAUAUGUAGAGUUGACUAACUCACAAAUGGAUCUUCUUCUUUUUUUUUGGCAGAAGGACUAGCUAGAUAAUUAAGAUGAACAGGAAGCCAGGAGACUGGAACUGCAGGUCAUGCGAUUAUGUUAACUUCUGCCGGCGGGACUCAUGCCAGAGAUGUGGGGAGCCAAAGCUGGGCGUCGACCGGCCCGACUACACGAGCAGCAGUGGGGUAUGGGACGUGAAGCCUGGUGACUGGUACUGCUUAUGCGGUGUCCGCAACUUUGCAAGCCGCCCCAAAUGCUUGAAGUGUGGUGCGGCCAAGGAUGACUCCAGCGCGGCGGUGGCUCAGUCUUGGGGGUUUGGAUAUGGUGCCCCGACUGGCUGGAAAUCAGGCGACUGGAUUUGCACCAGAUCGGGGUGCAACAAGCACAACUUUGCAAACAGGAUGGAAUGCCAUUGGUGCAACGCACCAAGGGACUAUGGCGCAGGAUACUAAUUAAGGGAAACACCGCAUUAGAUGAAGUCAGUUAAAUAAAGUCCGUGGACUUUUAGUUUGCCCAUCUCAUCGUCCUGCUAGGCUUCUUCAAUGGCAGAGCGGAAAGAAAUGUCUUUUUGUCGGUAUUUUGCUAACCGUUCAUGUUGUAUCUGCCUUUCAAACUUGGUCUAGUAGCAAUGCAUCAGGAGGGCUCCUAGGUUUUUGUAAGACAGAAUUUGAACCUCACAGAA